AUGGAUAGCAACACAAGACAUGUAGCGGAGGAAACAACGCGGGCGAGGACGUUGGGAAACGUUCGUUUAAGGCAUCCAGAGACCAACGAGAUCAUAUUGAUCCCGACGCCAUCAGCAGAUCCAAACGACCCCUUAAACUGGCCACAAUGGUACAAGUACUACAUGGCGGGGUUGAUAUGCUUCGCUAUGAUGAUGUGUAACUUUCUGGCAGCGGGACCCUCGAUCGCGUUGCUAGAUACAGCCUUGGAGUUCUUCCCGGCAGCCGCCACCGAUACUGAUGUUCUCAGCCUCGCGAUCGCCAGAACUGCUUACUUCUUCACGACAACCGCCCUGCUCCAGGGGGUGGGCAACUUCUUCUGGGUUCCGCUCGCCAACAAGUUUGGCCGACGGCCAGUCUACGUUGCGAGCUACUCCAUCUACUUUGCAUGCACAAUAUGGCUCAUUUUCGAUCACUCGUACGGCGGCUUCUUGGCCGGCCGAAUCCUGAUGGGAUUUGGCGCUGGAGCCGCGGAGACGAUCGCGCCCAUCUCCAUCGCUGACGUUUUCUUUCUGCACGAAAGAGGAACCAUCAUGGCACUCUAUACCGCGUUCCUUUCUGCGGGCGUCGGCUUUGGUGUGGUCAUUUCAGGUCUCAUCACCAUCAACCAUAACUGGAGAGUCAUCUACCAAGUUUCUGCCGCUUUGGUCGGCGUUGUGCUCCUACUGGCAUUCUUCACCUUCCCCGAGACCGCAUACGAGAGAGACGAAGCGAGUGCUUGGAACCGCCUGGGUUCGAUAGACGGGAGCAAACCCGGGUCGGUGAGGUCCGAAGGCGAGCUGCCCGCUCGUCCGCUAGGAGCUUCGACGACGACGACAAGACGCUCAAAGCAAUCAUACCUUUCUUCGCUGAAAAUCUUCAACAAGACGCUGACGCAGGAGAGCCUGCUGAAGCUUGCGUUGCGACCCCUGGGCCUGAUUCUCUUGCCGCCGGUCCUCUGGGCGGCGCUGGUGCAGGCCGUGACGGUCGGUUUCCUCGUCGCUGUGUCUUCCAAUGCUGGUUCCGCCUUCUACACGGCGUACGGGUUCGAUUCGUGGCAGAUUGGCCUCUGCUUCAUUGCCGGCAUCCUCGGUGCGUUGCUCGGUAUCCCGGCGGGCGGGCAUCUUGGCGACAUGAUUGCGGAUUGGUUUACUAGACGAAACGGCGGGAUGCGGGAUCCGGAGAUGCGACUGCCUGGCAUGGUCAUCAGUAUGGUUACGACUCCGUUGGCUCUCGUUCUCUACGGCGUCGGCAUCGAUAGCCAGCUGCACUGGAUCUGUCCCACCAUCGGCCUUGGACUUCUUACCUUCACCAUCUCCCAAGGAACGAACAUCUGUCUCGUGUACGUGAUUGAUGCCUACCGGCCCGUCGCCGGCGAAAUCACCCUGGCCGUCAUGGGCUUCAAGUCACUCUUUGGCUUCCUGUUGUCCUUCUACACCAAUACCUGGGUUGAAAAGGCAGGGUACGACAAUGCCUUUGGGGCCAUGGCGGGCAUCGCAUCUGCCGUCUUGGUCCUGUGGGUGCCGUUAUUCGUCUGGGGCAAGGCGAUACGACACGAGUCGUGGAAGUGGCCGAUCAUCCGGUAUAUCCAUUGGAACGAAGACAGGGAGGUAGGGGAAUAA